AUGGAGAAGAGAGGCCUCACACUCUCCGGGGAGAAAGGCUCUUCCUUGGAUCUCGAAAAGCCACCCUCUGAUCACGAUCUCCUGCCAAACAAUGGAUCGACUUCGCUCCCUAGCGAUGUGGAACAAGGAUCGUUCCACGCUGGCGAUGAAAUCGAGGAAGAUCGCCGAUACUCGCUUAGCCGCGAGCCGACCAAGACAGUUGGGAAAGAGAGCAUUAUAACCAAAACUCUCUCCAUUGUACGGACAAAGGACUCUGGACGGAACCCUGGCCCCCCUCCUGAUGGUGGAUUUGAGGCAUGGCUACAAGCGGGCCUUGCCCAUUUGGUCAUUUUCAACACCUGGGGCUUUAUCAAUAGCUUUGGAAUGUUCCAGGAAUACUACACUCAAACACUUCAGCGGCAACCAUCCGAUAUCUCCUGGGUUGGAAGCAUUCAAACCUUUCUCCUCUUCGCCAUAGGGACAUUUUCCGGCCGGGCAACGGAUGCUGGAUUCUUCAAGCCCGUCUGGGGUUUGGGAGCUGUUACCAUUAUGUUUGCCAUCUUCAUGACGUCCCUCUGUAAAACAUAUGUGCAGUUGUUCUUGGCCCAGGGGCUCUGUCUAGGUAUCGGAAGCGGGUUGAUCUUCUGUCCAACCAUGACACUCCUGUCAACAUACUUCUCCUCGCGGCGUUCAAUAGCCCUUGCAAUCGGUGCGUGUGGAUCUGCAACUGGAGGGAUUAUAUACCCUGUAAUCGUUCAGCAAUUACUGCCCCGUGUCGGAUUCCCGUGGACCAUGCGAGUAUUGGGCCUAAUCACCGUGGUGACUCUGGCUCCAGGAUUCGUAUUCUUCCGCCAACGUAUUCCGCCCCGGCGCAGUGGGCCCUUUUUCGAGUGGCCAGCUUUCAAAGAGGGCCCGUAUUCCCUUUACGCCGUAGGAAUGUACCUCAACUUCUGGGCCCUCUACAUCGGCUUUUUUUACGUCAGCAGCUUCGCGAGAGCAAAACUCGGUGUGUCCCAAACCGAAAGCAUCACUCUUCUCAUGAUCAUGAAUGCCCUGGGGACCAUCGGCAGAAUGGUACCCAGCUACCUCGCAGAUUACUUCAUUGGACCACUAAACACGAUCAUUCCAUUCACUUUCAUCACUUCGAUGAUGCUUUUUGCGUGGAUAGGCGUGAAGGAUUCUCCCGGUCUAUAUGCUUUUUCCAUUCUUUACGGAUUCUUCGGUGCCGGUCUCCAGGCCCUGUUCCCCGCCGUAGUAACCAGUCUUUCAACCGACUUGAAGAAAACAGGAAUUCGAUUCGGUAUGAUUCUGAGCAUAGUCAGUGUCGCAUCACUAACGGGCCCGCCAAUUGCCGGUGCACUCAUUCAAAAGGGCAACGGUGAUUAUUUGUAUGCACAGAUAUUUGCUGCACUAUCGAUGCUCGUGGGAACGAGUGUGCUGGUUAUGUCCCGCUACGCAUUAACUGGUGCGAAGAUCAAGGCCAAAGUGUAA